GUGGCUUCAGGCGGCUCGUGCCAGACUGUCAGGGAUGAACAUGUGCCGGUCCGUGCAGGUCUACGUCUGAUCCGGUCCGUGCAGGUCUACGUCUGAUCCGGUCCGGUCCGUGCAGGUCUAGUCCUUAUCCGGUCCGUGCAGGUCUACCCCUGAUCCUGGUCCGUGCAGGUCUACCCCUGAUCCUGGUCCGUGCAGGUCUAGUCCUGAUCCGGUCCGGUCCGUGCAGGUCUAGUCCUGAUCCUGGUCCGUGCAGGUCUACUCCUGGUCCUGGUCCGGGUCUGACCCACGUCCAGUUCGGCUGUUUCCAGGAUUUUCCGGUUGGUUUUGUUUCCGCGUGAGGAGCUGGAGCACCGAGUCCAGAGGGGGAGGAGCCAAUACCUGAUCAGUGAUCAAUACGGGUCUGAGCAGCGGGUUUACACAGACCUGACCCGGAUCAGAGUCCAGAACCAGAGACAGAGGGAACCUGAGCCUGAGACGCUGUGUUCCUAUUGGCUGUUUCUGGAACAGUGUAAUGCCAUUGGCUCAGGCGCUGCAGUGACAGGUGUCGCCCCUGCAGGGGGGCGGGGCGAUGUCUGCCUCCUACAACAGCCGCCACAUGGUGGAGGAUUACCUCCGAUACAAGCUGCUGCAGAAGGGCGUGGCCUGGAGACUCCCAUCACCACGGCGACCGGCCGAGGCCUUAUCGCUUGAGCGGACGAGCGUGUUGCAUCGCGGAGGUGCCACGGCAACCACAGAAGAAGAAGAAGGUGAAGAAGAACGUGUCCGGCGAGAUCCCCAUUUGGCUCCGCCCAGGCUGCAGGUCGUCCUGCGUUGUGCCGGUGAUGAGCUGGAGCGUUGUUACCGUGACGACCUGUCGGCCCAGGUUUCGGCGCUGAUGCCGCACGACGGCGGCUCAGUGCGCAGGAACCUGGCGGCGGUUCGGGAGGAGGUGUUCAGGGACGGCGUCAACUGGGGACGCAUCGUGGCCCUGAUGGAACUGGGCGGAGCUGUGAGCGCCGAGCUGGCCAGAAGGGGCGGGGCCAGUCAGGUGGAUGACGUCGCAGGUUGGAUGGAGGAGAGUCUGGACUCGCCGACGCUGCGGGGAUGGAUCGAAGACAACGGAGGAUGGAAUGCCUUUGUGGACCUGUACGGGGACUCCAGACCUGAGGCUGGCCUCUGGUCUCUGAGGACCGUCUGUGGACUGGUUUUACUGGGAGCAGCUGGGAUCACACUGGGAGCUCUGUUCACCCACCAGUAAGACCUGCAGACUGGACUGAACCAGUUUGAACUGGUCUGAACUCCUAUGAACCAGUAUGCACUGGUCCGAACUGAUUUGAACUGGUUAGAACCGGUCUGAACUCAUAUGAACCAGUAUGCACCAGUCUGAACUGGUCUGAACUGAUCUGAACUGAUCUGAACUGGUUUGAACUGCUCUGAACUCAUAUGAACCAGUAUGCACCAGUCUGAACUGGUUUGAACUGGUCUGUACUGGUCCAGACUCUGUUGAAACUGAUACUUGAGUGUUUAUUGAAAGUCAAAGGCAGCAG